GAGGAGGGGAAAGCUCUGUGUUUGAAAAUGAAUGUGCUACAUGCACAUUUGUAGGGCGUGAGUAAGCGGCCAUCAUUUUGGAGUCAGGCGUUAAGGAAACCGCAGAAACGGGCAUUUCAUCUCCUGAUACGGAAAAGCCAAAGACAGAGCAGUGUUUUCCAACCUGUAAAGAUGCAUUUGACUGCGUGUGAACCUACAGCCAUGUCCACAGCUGUAGUGAUGGACCAUCCAGGAGCUGAUGCGAGCCUCCUCCAGUCCUGUGGAACAGCAGACAGUCUCGCCUCCCUGGAAGAUACCAGCGCCGAGUCUACGGCAAAUGAGUCAUCGGAGGAGGAAUCAGCAUGUGCCAGAGAAGAGCAAUCAAAUACCAAAGCCCAACAGACCACGCACACAGAAUCAGGUGCCACCCCUCGUCCCGACUCACUCUCCCUGCCUGCUAAGGGCACAGAGCUCUGGACUACACACAGGGAUGGAGAGGUGAAGCUCAGGAUGGGUGAGUCCGUCCCUGAGGCUGCCCGUGUGAACCAGAUGUUUACUUCUACGGUCCAACGCUUUGGCAACUACAACGCACUAGGCUGGAAAGAUGGAGAGCAGUGGAAAACCAUGACAUACAACGAGUACUACAAGUCUUGCCGCACUGCUGCCAAGAGCUUCCUCAAGCUUGGUCUGGAGCGGUACCACGGCGUCGGUAUCCUUGGGUUUAACUCAGCUGAGUGGUUUAUUGCUGACAUCGGGGCUAUUUUAGCUGGGGGGUUUGCUGUGGGCAUCUACACCACCAACUCAUCCGAGGCGUGCCAGUAUGUGGCGGAGAACUGCCAGGCCAACAUCCUUGUGGUGGAAAACCACAAACAGCUUCAGAAGAUCUUGCAGGUCCAGGACAAAUUACCGCACCUAAAAGCCAUUAUCCAAUACAAAGAUGAGCUGAAAGAGAAAAAGCCCAAUCUCUACACGUGGGCAGAGUUUAUGGAGCUGGGCCGCGAUGAGCCUGAUGCUCAGCUGGAUGAUAUCAUCAGCUCCCAGAAACCCAAUCAGUGCUGCACACUGAUCUACACAUCCGGAACCACGGGCCAGCCGAAGGGAGUCAUGCUUAGUCACGACAAUCUCACAUGGACAGCAUUUGCAACCGGCCGAGAUGUGAGCCUGACAGAUGCAGAUAAGCUACAGGAAGUGGUCGUGAGUUACCUGCCACUCAGCCAUAUUGCUGCACAGAUGAUUGACAUCUGGCUUCCCAUGAUAGCAGGAGGAGUCACGUACUUUGCACAGCCUGAUGCACUAAAGGGCUCUUUGGCUAACACUCUACGAGAGAUACGGCCUACUGCGUUCAUGGGUGUGCCGCGAGUGUGGGAGAAGAUGCAGGAAAAGAUGAAGUCGAUUGGAGCCAAAUCCUCCACCGUGCGCCGGAAGGUGGCAUCCUGGGCCAAAGAUGUGGGUCUGCAGACCAACCUCAACAAAAUGGAGCUUAAUGGCAGCCUGUCCAGAAAGCCAUUAAACUAUCGACUGGCGAAGCGUCUGGUGUUCCGGAAGGUUCGGAAGGCGCUGGGACUGGAUCGCUGUACGAGGUGCUACACGGGAGCAGCUCCCAUAACCAAAGACACGCUGGAGUUUUUCCUCAGUCUGGACAUACCUCUGUUUGAGCUCUACGGCAUGAGCGAGAGCUCUGGACCGCACACCAUCUCACUGUCCGAUGCCUUCAGACUCACCAGCUGUGGAAAGGUGAUUCCAGGCUGCAAGACGAAGAUCUUCAACCCUGAUGCCGAUGGCAAUGGAGAGAUUUGUUUCUGGGGCCGUCAUGUGUUCAUGGGCUACUUGAAUAUGCCUGAUAAAACCGAAGAGGCUCUGGAUGCAGAUGGCUGGCUGCACUCAGGUGACCUCGGAAAACACGACCAGGAUGACUUCCUGUUUAUCACCGGACGCAUUAAAGAACUGAUUAUCACAGCCGGAGGUGAAAAUAUUCCCCCAGUGCCUAUUGAGGAUGCUGUUAAAGAGGUCGUUCCGCUCAUCAGCAAUGCAAUGCUUAUCGGAGACAAGAGAAAGUUCCUCUCCAUGCUGCUCACCAUUAAGUGUCAGGUAAACAACGAAACGGGCGCUCCCGAAGACGAACUGACCCCUGAGGCGGUGGAGUUGUGUCGUAAACUCGGCAGCAACGCCACGCGAGUCAGCGAGAUCGCCGGUGGCCGUGACCGAGUCGUACACACGGCUAUUCAAGAAGGCAUCAACCGCGUCAAUGAGAAAGCCACUUCUAACGCCCAGCGCAUCCAGAAAUGGACCGUUUUGGAGAAGGAUUUCUCUAUCCCUGGCGGAGAGCUGGGGCCCACGAUGAAGCUCAAGAGGCCAGUGGUCAUGAAGAUGUACAAAGACCAGAUUGAGAACUUUUACAAAGAAGUCUUGACCCCAACCACCCCAGACAACCCUCUGCCUCCUAAAUAGGUGUCCAACAAAAGGCCUUGUCACCCACUUCAGAGAUAGGAGACAAAGGGACUGACAUGGUAUAAAAAACCCCACACACACUUACAUAGGAACACCACUCAGACCUUGUGUCCAUUUUUUAGUUAAUAUUUGUUUAGGGUUUUGAAAUUAUCGUUUAUUUCAUGCUGUUUACAUUUUUCUGUAUUAUAGCAAGAAGGAAAACAUGUUUAUAUAAAACAAAAAAGCCAUUUGUGAAUUUGACUUUUUUUAUUUUUGUGGUGAUUUACUAUUUAUUUUCUUGCAUAAUUAUAAUUUUUUGAGCCAUGUUCUUGAUUUAUAUGUAAGUGCAGGUGACUUGAAUGUCUGUGUUCAAAGAUGCCAGUUAAUUUAUGGUUACAUUUAUCAACAAAGUUUGAGAAAUCUUAAUACCUAACAAGCAAACUUACACAUCAGGCAUGACUGAAUACAUUGAGAAAAGCAUUUUGUGGUUGUGCUCUUUCGUCAACGGCACUGCUGCCACCAAAAACACUGACGGUUUAAAGGAAACUAGGUAGAUCAUUUAGCAAGACUCCAUAUAAGCCAUAAAUGUUUCUGUUUGUUUGUUUUUUGUAACCAAAUGUGUAAUUUGAAUGUUUAUUUCGUUUAUGCAGUUGUUGGUUAAUUUUGUCAUUUGAAGUUCUUUGUAAAAUGAAAUCUGUUAUAUAGUGUAAAUACAUAUUGCAUACAUUUGUUUUUCUGAUUUGAUGCUUUGCUGCGUCAAUCCUCAAAGUAGCAAGAGGUUGGAUGUCAUGCAGUCUUUAUGAAAAACCAUAUAAUAUGGAUUGAGAGAACAGGUUAAUAUUUAUCUUAUGAAAAAAGGGAUAUGAAGGAGCUGGUAUGAGGAGGUCAGAAUUUGAUUAACCAAGCUAUGUUGCAUUAUUUUUUGCUUUGCAUGUGCAAUAAGGAUAUUUGGACCAAAAAUAUAACUGAUUUUAUUUAAAUUGUAGACUGCAGAGUAAAAAUGAUAACAAUGCAAUAUAAAAAAGCAUAUGGGUUGAUCAAAGAGGUUAAAUGAUGUAAAUUGGGAAGUGCUAUUUAAUCAGUCAAGUGCUUGAAUAUAUAAAAACAACUGCAAAUCACUUAAUGCAAACCCAAAGAUAUGAUUUCCUUCUUUAAAUAGAUUAGUUUUAUCUCACUAAAAAGCUUUUCUCAAAUACUGGACCUGUUACUUAAGUGUGUAUACUCUCUGACUGCAUAGCAUGACCACAGCGAGGCCUUUUUGUGAAUAAGACUUUUAGUUUAAUUUGUGCAUGUAAUGAGACAAGUUGUUUGUUCAAUUAGAAUUGGUGAGAAUGAAGGUAGAGCUAGUAAGUGAUUUCCUUUCUUCCAUCUGGGAUUUCUAUUAUGGUUUCAACUAAAUUACUUCUUUUUCAAAAUACACUUACAUUAAAAAAAAAAAGAAAAAGAUUUGUUUCUUUUUAGACAAAAUACUGUGACUGUUUAAUGCAAGUCUGAUCUAGAUUUGGACCAGCUUGAAGGGCAGUCCAUUUAGAAAUGUGUAAACAUGAACAUGAUGUGAAGUCUCAGACUGUGGAAAGGUGGUACCCUGGUUUUACCUGACUCUGAAAACUCAAUUGGGUGAAAAUUUGUGGUGUAGUGUGAUGUUAAUGGUUUCUGAAACGUGCAUGUCAUUGUUGAAACUGGAUUACUGAACAUUGUUGAUUUGGGCAGAUGGAACUCUAGGUUUCUAGUUGUAUUUAUGUGUGAAUUAUCCCUCUACUGGACAAUAAAUGUAAUAUAACCAUGA